AUGUCGCUGAACCCCCAACCCUUGACAGAGGUGGACGAAGAGAUGAUUCUCGGUGUUUACUCAGAUGAUCCUUUAAUACAAUUUGAAAACGCUUCCAAGUUCAGAAAGAUUCUAUCACAUGAAGAAAACCCUCCUAUUGAUAAGAUCAUAGAGUCUGGAGUUGUGCCUCGUUUCGUUGAGUUUCUUAAGAAGGACGAUGACAAUGUAAUUCAGUAUGCUGCUGCUUCCGUUCUACGACUCAUUUCUGAAGAGAACACCAAAGUGCUAAUUGAUCACGGUGUUAUCGAAAUCUUUGUCCAUCUUCUUGGUAGUGCUACUUCUGAUGUUCAUCUCCGUUUUCAGGCAACAAGGGCACUAGGUAAUGUUGCUCGUGCUUCAGUAGAAUCCCGUAACUAUGUUCUACGGCGUGGUGCAUUGAAACCAGUGUUGGAUCAGCUGAAUGAGAAUACUCAGAUGUGGAUGCUUAGAACCGCCGCUUGGACUUUGUCAAAACUCUUCUCUGGCCAACCCCAGCUUCUCCUUCGCCAGGUCUUCUAG